UAAUUUGAACAAAAAACUUCAACUGCCGUCAAAACAAGCAGCAACGACGGAGCAGCAUUCGGUGUAUGCACCGUUUACCAGAACUGGAAGAAAUUUAUUACGCUUUGCAGGAUAAUAUUGAUAAUAACCUGUGCCAUUUGUAUACGUUCGGAGAAAUGAAACGGGCACAACCUUCGUUUUUGAAUGCGAUCGAAAACAGCGUUGACCGCCGCCGGCGUCCUCGUCCGAUCAGUCGCAUUAGGUUGGAAACAUUGCUGGCUGAUGAUCGUCAAUCGUGUGUGUCUUUGCCCAAGGGAUCAGCGAUGCCACUUUCCGAAGAAUUGGACGAAGUGCUAGAGGAACAGUACGAACAGGAUGGGUUCGCUGGUAACGAGUUGAAGGAAGAGGAAACGGUCAAGGUGUGUCUGCGCCUACGUCCCUAUACAAAGAUCACAUUCAAAAUCAAGGAAAAUACAUUGAUUGCCCGUUGCCAGGGUGAAAAUCAAUCCUCGUCGGAAAAGCACUACACAUUCAGCAACGUGUUUGAGGACAAUGUGUCUCAGGCUGAAGUGUACGAUUGCUGCAUUCGUCCCACAAUCCGUCCUACAAUUGGAGAACCAGGUGCAACCUACCUGACUUAUGGAACAUCAGGUUCCGGUAAGACGUACACUUUGCUGGGAACCGAAGAGCAGCCCGGCAUUGUGCCACGUUCGAUUGAACAGAUUUACGAGGAAUUGUAUGAUAACAUAUCGACUGAGCCUAGCCUAAAGAUGGAAUGUAUGAAGCCCAUACCGCUGAGUGAUGAAUCGGUACUGGAUGAAUUGCGGAAGCUGCGUACGAUCAAAUCGCGUUUGCAAGGUUGCGAGGAAAGCACCACAAUAAUCAGCGAAAUCAUCCAGAGCCAACACCAGUUUCAGCCGCUAGAGAUGGGAGACAAGCGGGUAUUCAUUUGGAUAUCGUUUGUAGAAAUCUAUAACGAAAAUGUGUAUGAUCUGCUAACCGUGGAUGGUGACUAUGGGAAGCGCAAGCCGAUGAAGGUGCUUUCGAACGAUGGCAAUGCCUACAUCAAAGGUCUGUCCACACUGUACGCUGGAACGAAGGAAGAUGCGUACAAUUUGCUGCAGUACGGUUUGCAAAGUGCUACAUACGGUGCUACGGAUGUGAACAGUAAUUCCAGCCGAUCGCAUAGCAUCUUUACGGUAACUGUCAUCACGCACUCGGUAUCAACGCAACGAAUUUCACAAUCGGUUUACAAGUUUUGUGAUCUUGCCGGAUCCGAGCGGCUGAAGAAAACCGGAACCACGGGUGAUCGUUUGAAGGAGGCACAGAAAAUCAAUACCUCGCUGCUAGUGCUCGGUCGCUGCCUGGAGACCGUUCACAAGAAUCAGAAAACGAAGAAAAUUCACGAUCUGGUACCGGUACGUGAUUCAAAGCUAACCAUGAUCAUUCAAUCUGCACUACUCGGCAAAGAACCGAUGACGAUGAUUGUGAACGUAUAUCCGACAGAAGAGUUUUACGAUGAAAAUUUGAAUGUGUUGAACUUUUCCUCGAUCGCUAAGCAGAUCGUUAUUAGCAAGGAACCGAAAAUAAUGAAAGCACCGCAUAGCACACGGUAUUCGUUUUUCCUAUCACAGGCAAUCAGCAGCCCAUCGUCAAAGAUAGAUACAAAUCAGCUGCUGUUGGAGUAUGAGAGUUUGAAACACGAAAAUGAUCGCCUGAUUGCUGAAGCGGAACAAAAAAAUGCCGAGAUUGUAUGUCUGAAGAAGAAGCUGGCAAUACAGGAGUACCAACUUCGGAACGAGCUGACGGAUAAUUUUCAACAGCAUUUUACUAAGAUGGAAGAGUCGUACCAGCUGCGUAUUCAAAGUGCACAAGAACUAGCCAUACUACCUUUCAAACAUCAGUUGGCUGUGCUGGAUAAAAAGCUCAAAUCGAAAGAGCAAACGAUCAUGGAAAUGGAAGACGAGCAGGAUGAUUAUGAAAAGAAACUGAAGGCAUAUGAGGAAGAGCUGAAUACUUAUCGCCUGCAGCAAAGCCGUGUCCGAAGAUUGUCUGUUUAAAAGUGAAGGGUCUGCAUUUGUUUAAUUUUUUUUUUCUCAAAAAUACAUUAAUUUUAUGUUUCCUUAAUAA